AUGUCGCAGCAGCAAGAGCGCAGCGCGCAGGCGCCUCCGGCGUCACAGACGACGACAGAUACUAUUCGGCCGGAGGCGGCGGAGAGCUCGCCCAGGGUGAUAUUGCGCUUGAGGGGAGGGCAUACUUCAAAUGGGAGGUCGGUGCAGUGGGCUGACGACGUGGUUGAUAACGAGGGUUUGGGUCGCAAAAGCUCAAAAGUGUGCUGUAUAUAUCAUCGUCCCAAGGGAGUUGACGAAUCCAGCGACGAGUCAUCGUCCGAUUCCUCAUCAGAUUCGGAUUCGGAUUCAGAGGCUGAAUCUAGACGCAAAAAGAAGGCUGGCAGCGACAAAGACGACUGUGGGAACAGCAAGAAGAGGGCACCAAGUCCAAAUGCAUACGAAAAGAUACCAAAGCCCAAGCCAAAGGAUACGGGUAAAGAAGUUCCCAAGUAG